AUGACCGACGUCGCCCUCCGAUCACUGUGCGGAGCCGUCGCGCUGCUGACAGCCACCGCGGUCGUCGGCCGCCUGCCGCCCGUGGACGACAGCUGGCCGGUGGCGUAUCGCCGCGACGGGCCGACCGUGAUCGACGUGUGCCGGAUGACCGCCGUCGACUUGGCCCAACAGCCGUUCGCGCUGUCCGUGGUCGCGUUGGGACCGACGCCCGCCGGGUUCCUGAGAUCCGUGCACGAAAUGGUCGGCACGGCCGUACUGAUGCACGCGCCGGCGGCGAACCGCGGGCCGGACGAGGCGCGAGGUGCAGACGGCGGCGGCGGCCGGACGGUGCUGGUGAUCGUCGACGGGCGGCCGGUGGACGAGGUGCUCGGAUUGAUCGACGGCGGCGCGGUGGCGGCCGCGUGGGACCAAAAGUCGCACUACGUCGUGUGGCUGAUCCGGCAGGGCGUGAUCGUCCGGUCAGCGAUCAAGACGCUGUUCCAGACCGCCUGGCAAAAGAAGUGGGUGGCCAACGUGGUGGUGAUCGCGUACGCUGUCGCGUACACGUACAAUCCGUUCCGGGACUCGGUCACCGAGCGGCCGGUGGACGCGGCCGUGCUGCGCGCGGUCGCCCGUCUGAGGAUGACCGACCUGAACGGUCACCGGGUCCGCAUAUGCAUGUUUCCCACGCGGCUCAAGGCGGUCAAGCUGCCGGACGGCUCGUACGGCGGAAUGGACGGCAUCGUCGCGGCCACGCUGGCCAAGCACAUGAACUUCACGCCCAUCUACAGCGAGCCCAGCGACGGCGGCAAGUACGGCUGGGCCGAGGCCAACUCCGAGUCGGUGGGCUCCGAGACCAAUGCCGCGGCCGCCAACGAUUCCGGUCCCGACUCCAAUUUCACGUACACCGGCCUGUUGGGCGAUUUGGUGUACAACAAGGUGGACAUGGCGUUCAACGGAGUCUUUCUCGACGCAUACGAAUCCAACAACACGAUCCAAUACACGACACCGGUGAUGUUCGAUGAGCUGUGUUUCGUCGUGCCCAAGGCGCAACAGAUGAGUCAAUGGCGCGCGAUAUUUACGGCGUUCGACGUGCGGCUUUGGUACUGUUUGGCCGGUUCGUUUGUCGUAGCUCUGAGUGCGUGGAUUCUCAUACGGCGCACGACAAAUACAUCGUACUCGCUUACACUUCUGGCCAUAAACUUGUUCAGAGUUUUCUUAAUGGUGCCGCUCAAUCGAGUGCCGAACAACAUUUCCGAACGUCUAAUGGUCGUGUCCACCGUUCUGUUUGGGUUCAUCAUGGCUACCAGUCUGCAAGCGGUCAUGGUCAAGUAUCUGAGCUAUCCGAAAUACGAACGGGACGUCGCCACCGUGCAAGAACUGUACGACACCGGCAUGCCGGUAGUGUCGGCUUCUAACAACCUCAUAUUGCUGUUCGUGUCCGACGAAAGACCGGUGUACGUGAAAAUGUCAGAUCGAUUUUCAAUUAUCAAUAAUAAGUCCAUUGACAUACUCGGCGUAGUGGCGAACAAACGGACUUCGGCUGCGAUCGGUAGGAAAAACGAUCUGGUAGAAAAAAUCGCCAGCUCCUAUGUGGAAAACAACGAAGUGCUGUUGCACAUAGUGGACGAGUGUCCGCGGUCGUUCCACAUCGUCUACCUGGUCCGCAAAGACGUGCCGUUCAUACAAGUCGUGGACCGGAUAAUCACCACGUUCGUGGAGAGCGGCAUCGUCAACAGUUGGUUUGUGCACGCGAAACCGUUCCGGCCGAUAUCCGAUUACCAUCAUCGCAAAGACCCGCACAAAGUGUUCACCUUCAAGAACGUGGUGAUCGCGUUCAUGUGCCUCGCGAUCGGACUGACCGCGAGCGCAAUCGCUUUCGUCGCGGAACUCGUCUACUUCCACAAGUUUGCCGGUCCGGAAAACCCGCGUGUCGACACCUUGGGCCGCCGCUACCCGAGGAAGAAAAACGAUAUUUUCUACACGACGGCCGCUCGACGGUUUUGCUACGAUUGAGAAAUACGCGAAUAAUGUCUUAUAAUAUGAUAUUAUGUUCGACGUCGGGUCGCGAAUUCAUAUACGUAUAUUAUAUUAAAUAUCGUAAUAUUAAUAAUAUUGUAGAGUUGUAGCGUUCACCGUCUGCAGAUAUUAUGCCUACAGUUGAUCGACAUUCAACCGAGUGGAUAUCACGUAGGUACACGGGUUAAUACCGCACUUGAUUAAUACAUUCUAUUACUGGGAUUAGAACGUAUAUAAUAAAGGUACGUAUAACUCUACACCCGGCACGUCGUCGUCGUAUAACGUUGAAAAUAUUAUUAUUUCAUAUUCGAGAAUAUUAUAAAAUAUAUACGUAUAAUAAUAACAAAGCGAUAUGAAAUAGGUAAUGGUAAAAAAAAAAAAAAACUAAACAAAAAUACCCAAUUAUUAUUUGUCUAUAAUACUACUAUAUAAUGAACGAGAAUAUCUUAGUCUCGAAUGACUCGAAUAUAAUAUAGUAGAUCACAAUGACGCGUUUUAUUCGUUGUUUUGAAUUCGUGUGGACAUUUUGUCGGGCAAAUAUAUCUCCGCGAGCUAUGCAGUUUUUCAACAUGGAUGAGUAUAGCGUAUAUUUGCGUCAUAAUAAUACUCGUUAUUAUUUCUUAUCAAUGAAUCCGUUGGAUCCAAACUAAUACAGAGUUGUAUUGUAUAUUAUAACAUAAUAUUUUUUAAAUCAAUACUUCAAUCAUA